CGAUAGUUCAAGUGAAAUUAGAUUUGUUUUCUGUAAUUUAGUUGUACAAAUUAUUGUAUUAUUUGUGCCACAAGUAACAUCACUAGUUAUUUUAUGUGUUCCGAAAAUUCAACAUCGAAUAUCCUUCAUGUUCCUAUGAGAUUCAUUCCAUUUCAGUCAAAGCCAUAUUCGUUAAUUAUCUCUCCCAUUUCACCCUCGUUUUCAAUUCUUCUACUAGAGUUUCCGUUUUGGAUUUGGAUACUCUUUGUAAAUAGUACUAAAUAGGUAUGCUCCCAUUGGAACACUUAUGGUGGUGAUAUUCGGUGGAUUCUUGAAUCGCGUUGAAACUUUCUGCAGCUCAAUGGGGUCAGUUUGUUCAGCUAGUAAGGCUGAGAAAAACAGAAACGCAGAGGUUGGAGGUAAAGCCUUGGGGAAGAUUAAGAAGUUAAAGAUCAUUGCAAAGUGGAAAGGGGAUUCUUGUAUAAAUUCAAGGGCUGUUGAUGGUGGUAGAAAGCAAAAGAAACUAGACUCUGGAUUUUCUGGUGAAUUCAAGCUCACUGGUGGAAAAGAAGCAAAACUGGGCUCCCACAAAGGCUCCUUUCUGGGAAGAGCUGGGGAGAGGGCAGUAGAAGUUCUGGACUCACUUGGAAGUAGCAUGCCCAAGUUAAGCACUAGUAAUGGGUUUAGCUCUGGCAUGGCUCCUAGAGGAAACAAAAUAUCUAUAUUGGCAUUUGAAGUAGCUAACACAAUAAACAAAGGAGCACUCUUGUUUCAAUCACUGUCUGAAGAAAACAUUCAGUUCCUUAAAAAGGAGAUUUUACAAUCAGAUGGGGUGCAACUGUUAGUUUCAAUUGAUACAAAGGAGUUAAUUGGUCUUGUUGAAGCUGACAAAAGGGAAGAAUUCAAUGUUUUCUCCCGGGAAGUAGCUAGAUUUGGAAAUAUAUGCAAGGACCCUCAGUGGCAUAACCUAGAUCGAUAUUUCUUGAGAUUACAUUUGGAUAUCUUGGACAACAAGCAACCAAGGGUAGAGGCAGAAAAGACAAUGCAGGAGUUGGCCACUCUAGCUCAGAAUACUGCUGAAUUAUAUCACGAGCUAACAGCGUUAGAACGUUUUGAACAAGAUUAUCAGCACAAGCUCAAGGAAAUGGAAUCCUUAAAUCUUCCUCUCAACGGGGACAGUCUCGUAGCUUUUCACAGUGAGAUAAAACAUCAAAGGAGGCUUGUAAGGAGCUUGAAAAAGAAAUCUCUUUGGUCCAGAAAUUUGGAAGAGAUAGUAGAAAAGCUUAUUGAUAUCGUUACCCAUAUAGAUCAAACAAUUUUGGAGUACCUUGGAAAUCAUGAUGCAACCACUGUCAAGCAUGGUAUCAUUUCUGAAAGGCUUGGUGAAGCUGGUCUGGCAUUGCACUAUGCUAACAUUGUCAAUCAGAUAAACAUGAUUGCAUGUCGCCCAACCAUUCUUCCUCCAAAUAUAAGGGACACAUUGUAUCAUGGGUUGCCUAAUAAUAAUGUUAAAAAUGCACUUCCUUCCCGGUUGCAAAAUGUUGAUGCCAUGAAAGAGCUCUCCAUCACUCAGGUCAAAGAUGAAAUGGAUAAGAUUCUGCAAUGGCUUACUCCAUUAGCCACAAAUACGACCAAAGCACAUCAAGGUUUUGGAUGGGUUGGUGAAUGGGCAAAUGCAAGUAAUCAAUUUGGUGAAAAGACAGCCAAAGAAAAUAACUUGAUUCGUCUGCAGACACUAUACUAUGCUGAGAAGCAAAAGAUAGAUUUUUACAUUAUUGAAUUAUUGGCCAAACUUCACUAUUUGGUUACUUUUGUAAGAUACAGACACAAUUCCAUCAAGCCAAUGCCCUCAAAAACUUCUCCUAAGCCACCUGAUUUUGAAUCAAAGAUGCUACAAAUUAUAUCCUUAGACAGUAUUAGUAAGCCUUUGGGAACUCAACUUUCUCAAGAGGAUAAAAGAUUGUUAGAGGAGGUAACCAUGAAAAGAAGGAAUCCAGGAGUUAGCAAAAGUGAGAAUCUUGUGAUGACAAAGAAAAGAAGUGCCAAAGUUUGCCAUUAUAGCAAGAGUGUUGGGGGUUCACCUAUUACAACAGAAGGUUAGGGAUCAGAUUGGUUAAAGGGAGAGUGCCCCAUUGUCGUAACCAGGCGGGAGCGGACACCCCUCUCGCAUACACUUGCGAGUUUUGACCACUCAUCACAUCCCGUUAACUGCCUGAAGGAUCAUGAGUAAAACAGAUCAUAUUUUCUUUUCUUAUAAGACCCAAUUUAUUUCUCUUCUACAAUAUCAUUCGAUGUGGGACACAACAGAAAGAACAUCACUUACUCCGAACUGCGCUUUUCGCAAUCAUACACGCAUACAACGGAAAUGAGAGCAGAGAAGAGGAGUCUUCUUUUUUCUAUAACUGACUAAUAUGUAGUUUCAAUCAUUUGAUAUUUUUCUUUUUCUUUUUUUAGA